UUUAACAUGCAAAUCGCUUACGUCGGAGGCCGUCGAUGUCCGGGAAAUCGGGUACAGCUGGUGUCGGCGGAAGAAUGGAAGCGUCUGACCGGGAUGUCGACGCGAAGAACCGACGAAAAGGCCGCGGCCGAAGACAGUUUUCUGUUGAAAGAAACGCGUAGAGCAGUGGCGAAAAAGUUGGCCGACUCGUGGGAAAACACCGUGCUGAACAAAACCAAGAAAAUUCUGGAACAGAAGCGCACAGCUAAGGCGAAAUUGGAAGCUGAGCAAAAGCAAAGAGACGAGGAGAUAAAAAUUGAGGCGCUGAACAUCAGGAACGAAAUGAUCGAGAAGUCUCGCAAACAGAAGUUCGAGCAAAGAGACUGGACCAAAACGUUUAUAAGAGCGCACAAACUAUCAGAGGUUUUUGGAGAAAGAGACAUACAAUUUAAAUUAAAUGAGUCGGAAAGAUUGAGAAAAAUGGAACAAGAUAUGGCGGCGACAGAUCAACACAAUAUGAUGAUGGACGCAUACAAAAAAGAACAGCUAGACCAACAGCUGAAGACGAUCGAGUUGAAAAAGACCAAGACCGAAGAGCUGCUGAAAGAACUGAAGCAUCGAGAGGAAGCGAGACGAGACCAAGACAUGAAUUCUUACAAUGACGGCAGAGCAGAACUGCAAAAACUGGCCAGAGAAUUAGCCGAGGUCGAAGAUAAGGCCAGAUCCGAGGCAAAAGCGGCUAGAGAAAAAGCUCAAAAGUAUUUAGCCGACAACCGCAAGCUGGUGACGUACCACAAUGAAAAGUGUUGGUCGGAUGAAUACGAAGAAGACUUGGUCACUGUCAUAAUGGCCGAAACCAAGAAGAGAAUCGCAAAGAUGAGAAUGGCUAAAGAAGUCCAAUUAAGAACAAGCAAAGCGUUGGCUUUAGACGGUAUCAAAUCGAAAGCGCUGGUCAAGAGACCGUCUGAGAAAAACUGCUGGUCCGAAUCGGACCAACAAAAAGCAAUCGAAGAGCAAGAAAAAACGUACCAGAAAGAACAGUGGCGCAUAAAAGAGGCGGCGAAAAAGAGGAACGAGGAAAUGGAAAAUGGACGGCGGAUGGUAGAGGAAGCAAAGCUCAGAGAACAAGUAGAAUUAAUGAUGAUCUGCCAAGAGGAGAUGAAAAGGAGCGAAAAAAAAGAAAGGCUAUGGUCCGAGUACGACAAGUGUCGCAGCAAAGCCCAAGUAGACAAAAUGAUCAAGUUCAGGGAAGACCUGGACAAACAAUGUAGAGCUAAAGAAACUAGUCACUCGGUCGACAUACAAGACGAUGUACAACGGUCCGAUUGGUAUGAAAAGUUAUGUCAAACAGAGAACGAAGAAUUCAUAUCUUAUGCGUUGACAGUAAUUGAGAAGAGCAAGCAGUCAGGCAAACCGAUUGUGCCGCUUUUAAGAUCGGUCAAUGAUUUUCUGAAAAAGUACAAUUUAUCAAUUGACGAAGAAAAUAAAAAAGUUUUCAAAAAUAAACCCAAAGCUUUUGUUCGGAGUUCAAGGGUUAUAGCAGCAUGUCUGUCAGACAACAAAGAAACAAACUGAAUUUUGUACAAAAUUGUAUUUAAAAAAACAUAUUUAUUUACAUUAAAAAAUUA